GGUUCAGAGCGAGCUCGGCCGCUGGGUGGGUCCGGGCGUUCGGCGCGCCCUUCAUUGAAGCGGCGGUGGCCGGGCUGGGCGCCGCGAGUGGGAAGCGACGGCGCGGCUGGAAAAUGCCGGUGCAUUCCCGGGGGGAUAAGAAGGAGACGAACCAUCACGAUGAGAUGGAGGUGGACUACGCCGAGAACGAGGGGAGCAGCUCCGAGGACGAGGACACCGAGAGCUCGUCGGUCUCGGAGGAUGGCGAUAGCUCAGAAAUGGAUGAUGAAGACUGUGAAAGAAGAAGAAUGGAAUGUUUAGAUGAAAUGUCCAACCUUGAAAAACAGUUUACCGAUCUCAAAGAUCAACUUUAUAAAGAGCGAUUAAGUCAGGUGGAUGCAAAACUACAGGAGGUCAUAGCUGGGAAGGCACCAGAAUAUUUGGAACCACUGGCAACUCUACAAGAAAAUAUGCAAAUUCGUACAAAGGUAGCAGGAAUCUAUAGAGAGCUCUGCUUAGAAUCUGUAAAGAACAAAUAUGAAUGUGAAAUCCAAGCCUCUCGCCAGCAUUGUGAGAGCGAGAAGCUUCUGCUGUAUGAUACGGUGCAGAGUGAGCUCGAGGAGAAGAUCCGGAGGCUGGAAGAGGACAGGCACAGCAUCGACAUCACCUCAGAGCUGUGGAAUGAUGAGCUUCAGUCAAGAAAGAAGAGGAAGGAUCCUUUCAGUCCCGACAAAAAGAAGCCAGUGGUUGUUUCAGGUCCAUAUAUAGUUUAUAUGCUACAAGAUCUUGAUAUUCUUGAAGACUGGACAACAAUCAGGAAGGCGAUGGCUACACUGGGUCCACACAGAGUGAAAACAGAACCACCUGUGAAACUGGAAAAACAUCUGCACAGUGCCAGAUCUGAAGAAGGAAGACUGUAUUACGAUGGCGAGUGGUAUAUACGUGGACAGACCAUCUGUAUUGAUAAAAAAGAUGAGUGUCCUACAAGUGCCAUAAUUACAACAAUUAACCAUGAUGAAGUUUGGUUUAAGAGGCCUGAUGGAAGCAAAUCUAAGCUUUACAUUUCACAGCUACAAAAAGGAAAAUAUUCAAUUAAACAUUCGUAAUCAUGAUUUAAGUGUUAUCUAAACCUACCUUAUUAGUGUUACAAAGUGUGAUGUGCCAUGAGAGUAAAAAAAUGUAUUCAAUAACAAUAUUCUCGCUGAAUCAUGACAGAAUGUGUAUUUGUAGGUAAUACUUUAAGUAGACCUCAGAUUGAUGUUUUUAUAAAAAACAGUAAUCAGUCAUGAUCAUUGCAUUUAUUUGCCAAUUAGGUCCAAUGAACAAUAUAUAGUAGGGAUUUCUUUCUAGAAUUUUUUCUUUCUUUUUUUAAAGUUAUGCAAAUAAUGUCUCAUCUUUGUGAACUGUGGUUACUUUUAUCCACAUUUAAAUUUUUUCCAUAUCUUUGUCAUUCUUUGUAAAUAAGACUGAUAAAAUGAUUCCUAUAAAUGGUUUGUACUAGUAGAUUGGUGUUAAAUCAGAAUUGAGAUUGCAACAUGUCUAUGUGAGUAUGUACAUAUGGUAUCAUCAGCUUAUUUAGAGCUGAUGGCCUUACCCUGCAAUCUUGUUUUACCCACGAUUAAACUAUCGGGUUGGAGAGCUAAAAGGAGCACUUUUGUAGAAUAGAAGCUUUCCUUUUCUUUCUUGACUGUUUAGUAGUGACCUAUUUUUUAUGAGUUAUACUUAAUGUUAGUAAAAUGAGUGUAAGUGCUAACACGCUUCUCCCUGUAUUUCUGUGUUUGUACCUGGUAUUUAUGGCACUGUAUGUAAGUGGACAGUAACUGACAGUAUGUGGUGCUUGCUGUACAUGUCUGAUUUUCUGGAAACAUUUUUAGUAAGCAUUUUCCAGAGGUGAAACUAGGUCUUUGUCCUAAUUUUAUUACUGUGGCCAAAUAGAGGUCGCUUCCUUGCAUCUGUUCCCAAAUCUGUGUUUUUACCUUUGGUGUUUCUAGACUGUAAGGCCAUUUGGUGCAAUUUAGAAGAUGUCCUCCUUGCCCUUCGCCACAUUCAAAAUUCACUUCAAAGCCUCAGGAACCGUACAGAGUCGAGACCCUCGUGUGGCAGCACAGGUGGCUGUAGUACGCUUUCAGGGUACAACCAAACCAAGUAUUCCUGGUGGUCUUGUGCACUUUAAUUUCUGUUACUGUGAGACUUCAGAGGAAGAGGAAGCACGCUACCUGUGAACACUUAGGGCAGGAGUAACUGCAUGAUUCCGUUUGUUUUCUUAGCAUUUACCUCUGCAGACUUCCUCUGCAGAUCACUGCUUCCCAGUUGCCAAACUUUAUAACAUUUGACUUUUGAAAUUCAGUAUCAGCCAAGUUUUGCUACUUCGUUCUGUUUCUAAUUGACCUUAGCAAAUGUACAUAAUGUCAUAAUCCAAUAGUAUUUGACAGUACUUAUGUAUACAAUGUUUGAUAAGCAUUUUUAAUAAGAUUUGUAUUUUUAAAUUUAGUAUAUAAAUAAAAAGAUGUGUU